CGCAAAUAAAAGCGACGGCAGAAAGAGGCUCUUCCGGCCCGCGAUUCUGCUAGGGUUUUGAGAAAUCGCGGCCGGAGCUCCGCCUGAGGCUAGAAUCCCGAGGAAGGAAGCGGUGGCGGAGAUGGACGGCGACGAGGAGGGGGUGGUGGGGCCGAUGGGCGAUGAGGCGAUGUUCCCCAAUGGCGGUGGCGAUGGCCAGCAGCAGCGGGGGAGCAAGGCGGUGAUGGGCGGCGAGCAGAUGGACGUGGAGGCCUACGCAUCGCUGUACACCGGCCGGACCAAGGUGACUCGGCUGCUCUUCAUUGCCGACCGCUGUGGCAACGAGGGCAUGCAGCUCGAGGCCCUCCGCCUCGCCUACGACGAGAUCAAGAAGGGCGAGGACUCCCAACUCUACCGGGAGGCGGCCAGCAAGAUCGCCGGCCGCCUCGGUCCCCAAUACACCCUCGACCAGGCCUGGGCCGACUCCAUUGACCGCCGUGCCGAGCAGCGCAAGGACAAGCUUGAGAACGAGCUCAGUGGGUAUAAGACAAAUUUGAUCAAGGAGAGCAUUCGAAUGGGUUACAAUGAUCUUGGAGAUUUCUACUAUGCUCAUGGUCAACUUGGGGAUGCCUUUAAGAAUUAUGUUCGUACUCGGGAUUAUUGCACUACUUCAAAGCACAUUAUUCAGAUGUGUUUGAAUGUGAUUCUGGUCAGUAUCGAGUUGGGCCAGUUUAUGCAUGUCUCAAAUUAUGUUAGUAAAGCUGAGCAAACACCAGACACGCUGGACCCUGUCACAGUUGCAAAACUACGAUGCGCUGCAGGGUUGGCUUACUUGGAGGCAAAGAAGUAUAAACUUGCUGCUCGCAAGUUUUUGGAAACUGGGCCUGAACUAGGAAACAACUAUGCAGAGGUGAUAGCACCCCAAGAUGUCGCUACUUAUGGUGGACUUUGUGCACUUUCAUCUUUUGAUCGAACGGAGCUGAAGAACAAAGUCAUUGACAACAUUAACUUUCGAAACUUCUUAGAGUUGGUGCCUGAAGUAAGGGAGCUUAUACAUGACUUCUAUGCAAGCACGCGGGUUGGGGGGAGAGAUGCUGGUCAUCCUCUUUGCCAUCUCUCGUUGGAAGGUUUGCCCAUUGUUGGUUAUCUAGCAGAAGGUCGCUAUGCUUCCUGUCUGGAGUAUUUAGAGAACCUUAAACCAAACCUUUUGCUGGAUAUCCAUUUACAUGAUCAUGUUGAAACACUGUAUACUCAAAUUCGCCACAAAGCUAUCAUCCAGUAUACGCAUCCAUUCAUUUCUGUGGAUCUCCACACAAUGGCCGAUGCCUUUAAAACUGGUGUUGCAGGGCUGGAGAAAGAACUCGAAGCUUUGAUCACCGACAACCAGAUUCAAGCCCGGAUAGACUCGCACAACAAAAUUCUUUAUGCAAGGCAUGCUGAUCAAAGAAAUGCGACGUUCCAGCGUGUCCUACAAACUGGUGUUGAGUUUGAGAGAGAUGCUAGGGCAAUGUUGCUGAGAGCCAAUCUCAUCAAGCAUGAAUACAACCAAAGGGCGGCAAGGAAAAUUUGAAGUGGAAGGCAUAUUUCCUUGAGGCUUUGCUGGGGGUUUUCUGGUACUGGGGUCUCACCUCUUAUGGAUGGAAGAUGACUUCCUCGUUUGCAUUUGAUUGUGAAUUCCAUGGUUAAAAUUUGUGCAGAUGUCAAUGUAUUUGCAAGAUCGGGGCUUGAAGUUGAAACCUUCCUAGUUUCAUGGUGGUUAUAAGUUUGUGUACAUCCUUUUUGAGGUU